UAGCAGCUAGCAGCUCAGCAAAUGUUAAUUUAGAUGCACACAUUGAAUGAAAGUCAGUGUAGAAGGCUGUGGCCAGCUGAGAAUAUCUGCACACAGCAAAGUUAUCCUCCAGUGUAGGUUGUAGGCACCUGGCGAGUCAGUUUCAGCAGCAUACACAUUGGCAGAAGGCAGGUUGGAGAUAUUUGUGGAAGGGGAAGGAGCAGGCUGUGUGAGGCAAUGCAGCGGGUCACGGCGCAGCUCGUCGCCGGGCUGCUCGCAGCGGUGCUGUCGCUGCUGUCCGAGCAGUGUUGGGCGGACGGCGGGGGCCCCAGCGUCGCUGAGCGGGUUAUCUGGGCUGUAAAUGCCGGGGGCGAAGCGCACACAGACAUGCACGGUAUUCACUUCAAAAAGGACCCGUUGGAAGGGAAAAUUGGCAAAGCAUCUGAUUAUGGGGUGCGUCUGCCAAUACUGCGCUCCAGUCCAGAGGACCAGAUUCUGUACCAGACAGAGCGCUACAAUGAAGACACUUUUGGAUAUGAUAUUCCCAUUCGUGAGGAAGGAGACUAUAUACUAGUUAUGAAGUAUGCAGAGGUUUACUUUGCUCAGUCACAGCAAAAGGUGUUUGACGUCCGUCUAAACGGCCAUAUGGUGGUAAAGGACCUGGAUAUCUUUGAGCGAGUGGGUCACAGUACAGCUCAUGAUGAGAUAGUGCCCUUUUCUAUUAGACGAGGCAAGCUGAGUGUGCAAGGAGAGGUGUCCACUUUUAAUGGCAAGCUCACUGUGGAGUUUGUAAAGGGUUAUUAUGACAACCCCAAGGUCUGUGCUCUCUAUGUAAUGAAGGGGACAUUAGAAGAUGUACCAAAACUUCAGCCUCACCCAGGCAUAGAUGAGAGGAAGGUUGAGGAGGAGGAGGAAGAAGAGGAAGAUAGUGAAGGAGGCGAAGAAGGCGGCAAGAAAAAGGUUCCAACAGGUUCCAAGUACAGGGUCCAGUCCGGCCCGCGAACACCAAACCCAUACGCAGCCGACAACAGCAGCCUAAUGUUUCCCAUCCUCGUUGCGUUCGGGGUGUUCAUCCCCACACUGUUCUGCCUCUGCCGGCUGUGAGCUGAAACCGUCGGUGGAGGAGACGUCAGGAGGAUAAGAUGGACGUGGGCCUAAUGAAGAGAGAAGGGGAGGGAGGGGGGAUGGGGGAGGGGAGGUCAAGGUGGCAGCAGCAGCACAGGUAAAAAGCAAACACACAGGAGAGAGCCGAAGACUUGGAGAAAAUCAGGACGACACAAAGAGACAAUAACUUUUAGGGAAGCCACUGCGAGGUGAAGCAAACGCUGCUGUCGAUAUAGUACCAUCGAGUGAAGAACAGGAGAUGUAGGAAGUGUAUGCUGUGCGCUUCUUUGUGAAUGUGUUUUGCAUCCACCUCUGCUGACCCGUUUGAACAAUGUUAGUCAUUUCCACUCAGAGGCUGGGCAAGAUUUACAGACGCCAGUCUUCAUGGAUUGAAACCACAUUUGCGCAGCUAAGGGAUGCUCAGGAGUGAUUGGUCUGGGCCCAUUUUGUAAAGUAAAAGCAUUGUUUUGUACUGGGUGUAGCCAGGAAGCACACUCUGUUUAACACUCCUGCUCAGCAUCUGGUCAGACAUGUUACCUUAAAAUUGGAAAUGGUGCUGCCUAGAAAUUGGUUGAAUAGAAUAGAAACCAUGAAUCAGACGGUUAGUCCUUUUGUUGAUGUGCCAUCAUCUACUUGUCACAAGAUGCUUAAAGAAGGAGGAAAUUAGUGUUGAUCCAGCUCUGCCGCUGGUGGGCUCAUUUGCUGUCUAAGUCAGCUUGCCUUUACAUAAACAUAGGUUGGGUUUCACAAAUCUGUCAGUGACGUGUGGUCAUGCGUAAUAGACAUCUUUGGCUUUGUUCCACCAAAUACUGAUUCAGGGCCAUUCAAGUGUCCUCUGCAGCGAUCACAAAUUGAAAGUCCUUGUAGAAUUUUUUUCCAAGGAUGGAUCCAUUUUAAUAUUGACACACUGAACCUUUAACAGAACAGUUUCUUUCAGUAAGGGACACAACAGUUGUAUUUAGUGAGAGGCAAAGUUUAUGCUGUGAAAUGCUUACGCUCCAGUGAGUCAGGAUCAUUACGUCACUGUAUUUUAUGUAAUCUCUGCCUUUUUUUCUAUUCAUUCACUCAUGAUGCAUGCCUGCCUUUUUGUUUCACCAAAGAAUGUCUUUUUUUUAAUUAUUUUGUUAGAAAAACGGAAAACUUGGUGGCCUGUUAAAUUUGAUUCGAUUCUGUGUUGUCCUCUGUGGUUAGCAGUUAAACUGAGCGUACAGCAUAUCUUCAUCUAAAAUUGAUAAAGACAAGUGACUAAGUCGAGGAGUUUCUCCACUUUUUACAUCAGUGUCUAAAACGGGGGUUAAGUUGGCAUACUUUUGUUUGUUUGUUUGUGUUUCGUCAGAAAUUAGUGUCUUUGAUUUAACAGCAGAAUACUGUGUUGACUCUGAUGAGCCAUAACUUCCAAUCUUAAACCGAGAGAACCGGCCGCUGCACCUCAAUGUUAAUGUAAUAAACUAAUCUGUGCCAGUCAAUGCACUCGUUUUAUACAUCAUUCAGCAAGUUCGUCCACCUGCCAUAAGAGGUGAGAAAGCACAACAUUAGUGUAGGUAGAAAAUUCGAUGUUUACCAGAUGUUCUACAUCAUUCAAGUCUCCACAUUGUGUCAGCCUUUUUAGUUCCGUUGUCUUAAAUCUUUUCAGUGUGGGCUGUACUGUUUCGUCCAUUCAGUGUGAACUUUCAGUGCAAUUAAGCUACAUGUUCUGCUCCUUGAAUUGAACGAGGGACAAAAUGUAUUCUUUGAGCCUUUUUUUUUCCUUCUACAUGGCCAUGUUAUCAGAGUCUUUGGACCAUGAUAUUCUUUUUAGCUUUCCAUGCAGGCUGAAAAGCAGCUUUGUUCUUCAGUUUUGGUGAAGUUGUUGUGAACCCUCCUAUUUAUGUAUCUAGUUACCUCCCUUAAGUGCUUAGCUCUACUCCAAGGACGAUUUUGUAACUUUGCCUGUUUCACUAAUGCGUCUUAAAUGCCCUCCCUCCCCCUACUCCCCCUUCCCCCUCACCAGUACUGCUGUUGCCAUAAGCAGUGCUUGGAAAACGAUUAAUAAUUCAGGUGUUGUGGAUCCUUCCUCACUCCUUGAUUCUCCUUCCCAUUUUGAUUGAUGGUGGGCAAGAAGUUUGUGCCAGAAAAUAUUUGGUCAGUUGUUGGCAGUUCUGGAUAAUUUUUAUGUUUUGGGUUUUUUUUUUCCUUUCCUUUCUUUCCUUUUUUUGUUUGUUUGUUGUAAACUCAACUCACAUUUAAGACAUAUGAGCACCUUUCUUUCCUCUGAAAAGAUGCAAAAAGUUCAUUUAAUUCAGCACCAAAGCCACCGUGUUCUGUUCCUCCGUAAGUCUACACAGUCGCGUGUGUAUAUAAAGGUACAAGAUCACACUUUUUAUCGUGUGACAGCUGUUCUGUUCUCAUCAGUUUUGUGUCGUAGCUGAGGUGAUAGGGUUUUUAAAUUUUCUCGUGAGGAAGACUUUGUGGCCUUUCUUCUGGGGAGGAACGGUUGUUGGUACAGAGUAUAAGUAAAAAAAAAAUUUAACGGGCAGCCAGAUGAACUGACUGUCAGAACGUCAAAUAGAUGAGAUUAUAUCUGAAAAUAUGGGAUCUUCCAUUCUACUAUAUGUAAUUUAAAUCAGAGUGGGGCUGACCUGGAGAUAUUUUAUAAUACGCUUGGAUUUGUUUGAAUUUUUUCCUCAGGAUCUGUUUUAUUUUGAGUUUUUAAAACGUGAUAUUUUAUUGGUGUGACAUUUUGCACUGCCUCAUGUAUUUUUAAAUGUCGGUUUUUUGUGUGUUUGUCUUUGUUGCCUUGACUUAUUGAAUACAUUGUGCUUUACCAUCAUUCGCCUUGAGGUUGCUCUUUUGUUGGCUUAUAUCAAAAAAAAAUUGCCUCGUUUUUUGUUUUUUUCUUCUUCUUUUCUGUUAAACACUUUUCAGGGCUAGAUUUUCAUUCCACGCAAACAGCUGUAGUUAGGAAUAAGAUACACAAUGAAAUCUUAUUUCCACUAAUUCAGUGGAAUUAAUAUGUCUUGGGUCUGUUAUUAACCUCAACUUUUCUAGGAGCAAAGCCAAUCAAGAAAAGUGUAUAAAACGUUUAUGUCCACAGCUUGUUUCAAACAGUCUUAUCCCUCCUUUUUAGACCUGUUGUUGUUGUUGUUGUCAGUACACCUCACACUUGAAUGAACUGGAGUGGAAUGAAGAUCUGCUCUCAGUGUUUGUUUGUUUGUUUUUUUCCUACAUGAGAACCAAAGAAUUGCUGUCAUUCCAUCCAAAUUCUUAAACACAGUGUCCCAGUGGGAUGCUAGCGGUUCCUCAUUUCUGUCACCCAUUUUAUUUUCACCUGGUCAACCAGUGAAAUAAACCAGGGGAAACAAACAAUUCAUGUCUUGUCAGCAAAUUUCUAAUUCUCCUGCCAUGAACCCAAUCUUCUUAAAAAUGUCAACCUGAAAAAGUCUUUUGAAUCGCUCUGUAAUUAAUGUAGAUUUGUUUUCAGCAUGUUGCUAUUUUUUUUUUUUCUUUCUCUUCUUCAAAGCAACUCAACAUGUGAGAUUAAUUUAAACGAAUUUGAACAGCGAAACAUCAGCCAACUUGUCCCAUCGUCCAGGCAGCAGGCCGCCAACAACAAGGUCUGCCGCCGUUAACGCAGUGUGGAUGUGUGAGACAGUGAGUGUGUGCGCAAUAUGAGUCCUACCUUAUAGAUACACAUGUGUUGGAUAAAUACAUGCUCUUCUGAGGGCUGUAGGCAGCAGCAGGUGGACUGAGAAAUGUAUUUGAGACCCCUGAUCUUCUGACUCAGAUGCAGAUAUCUGCAAAAUGGGAAAUGCUGAAAAAUGCUGUCUCUUUUUAAUAAAUGUGCUAUUUUAUCAGAA